AUGGCUCUUUGCCUUUGUCUCCCUCUGCUGGUUGUGCUCUUGCAGCCUGCUUUGUGUCUCUACAACUGCUCCUCUGAGUAUGAGAGGACCCCAGACAAUUCAGACCUGACAGUUGAUUGUGGCACCAGUAUGAUCACCCUGGAGAUCAACCUGUGCACGGCUCAGUGGGCAGGCUUUAACACCACAGACCUGGCUCUAAAUGGGAACCACAACAAUUCUGAGUGCCAGGGCUCUGUCGACACAACUGCUGACCCUCCAAUCAUCCGCUACAAGCUUCCUGUUAACCACAGUCUGGAUAACCCCUGUCGCCAGUCUCUGCAGAUUAUGGAUGAGGUCCCGGAUCCCACAGGUCCCUUCAGCAGCUUUCUAAGCAUCCAGUCAGUUAUCAUCACAGGAUACAUUGACACACCCAAAUCUGACCAGGGGGUGAUCAGCUAUUCCACAGACCUCUACUAUCACUUCUCCUGCCGCUACCCGCUGGAGUACCUGAUCAACAACACGCAGAUUGUGGCCUCCUCAGUCUCGGUGGCGACCAGCGAUAAUAAUGGAACCUUCAUUGAUACACUAAAAAUGGCUGUUUUUAAUGACUCUGACUAUGGUUAUCCUUUAGUGGUACCUCCAACAGGACUUGAGCUACGAACCAAGAUCUAUGUGGAGGUCAAGGCUGUUAACCUCACAGGAAACUUCCAUGUACUGCUGGAUCACUGCUUCAGUACUCCCACUCCUUACAACAUGUCACACAGUGAGCAGCACAACUUCUUCACUGGCUGUUCAGUGGACCAAAGGACAUCUGUGACAAGCAACGGCCUUUCCAAGGUUGCCCGGUUCAACUUUGAGGCCUUCCGCUUUGUUCAGCACCGUGACCAGGCAAAGUCCAGCAUCUAUCUGCACUGCAUACUGAGGCUCUGUGAGCCUAGUAAAUGUCAAGACCUGCUGUCUGCCUGUAAUCCCAGAAGUAAAAGAUCUUUGACUCCUUUCGGAGAAGAAAGCAGAGAAUCAGCCACUGUCUCAGUCGGACCUCUUUACACAGCUCGAGAAGACAUGCCCUACGCAGCUGCCUAUGGUAAUGACAUGGCAUCGGAGAAAGAUGACGUGAACGUGACGGGCCUGGUGGUGGGGGUGGUGUUUGGCUCGGCUGCCGCCGCCUUGCUGGUUCUGGGUGGCUGGUUUGUCCUGAAGAAGUUUUAUUGGGUGGGAGGAUUGCCUCAUGCCUUUGACUGACAGACUGAAUGGCAAAUUGUCUUUGCCUUGUCACCUCAUACCACAUAAAAUCUGAUAAUGUAAUGAUGAUUUUUCAGUAAUAAGCAAAUGUUCUUGUUGGGUGACUAUGGAAACAAAGCAAAUACUCUGGUAUCUCUGUAUGUUAUAUAAUUUUUUCUUUCUAUAAUCACUGCAUCUGCAUUCAGAAGUCAUUUACCGGUAAUGAAGGAAGAGUCAAGCCUGAACUAUGUGGUAAAAAAAACAAACCGUAACAAUGAAAGCAACUAAAGAACAGAGUAAUUUUAAUAUUUUAUAAAAGUAUAACUUGGCUUUGAUGAUGCCUGAUAAUGCCUUGUACUGGGCAUCUUGUACAUAAUCUCAAUUGCAUUGAUUAAAACAUAUUUUUUGAGCAAAUUCAGAUAUGGAAUAUGUGUUUUGUACAGAUUCAAAAUAAAGUUUAAAAUCAGGUUGGUGUUGCACUCUGUAGCUGAUUACAUGAUUAAGAAACAGCAACAGGUAAUUUGUAUUAUCAGUCAACUUUGCUCUCCACAGGCAGCAUCUUUCUACAUGGUACAGUAAACAUGUACUGACAAUUAGGCUCUCACUCACAUGCACAAUGAAACAAAUACAUUAAUUAAAUCCAUACAUUCACAAAUAUUUACAGGCUACUUACUUGGCUGAUACAGUGGACAAACAAACAAACAAACAAACAAACAAACAAACAAACAAACAAACAAACAAACAAACAAACAAACAAACAAACAAACAAACAAACAAACAAACCAAACAAACCAAACCAAACCAAACCAAAACAAAACAAAUUCAUGGACAAGACUCACUUUGAUGGGACCAUCAUAGCAGUUAAUUAUUAUUUU